GUCUGCUCCAAUUUCUCGUCUCUUUUGUCGAUCAAAUAAAUUUUCAUCUUGAAUCUUUACUCCUAUUGCACAUCUUCUGAAUCGAAACGAUACUUAUCGCCUCAUGGAUUUCGUAUAUACCUGGAUAGACUGUGUGUUCUCAUCCGUUUAAUUGGUGGCUCGUUACACUGAAGUGUUUUUUCUGGUUCUAGGUUUUCUCCAUUUCUUUUUUCUUACUCUUGAAUUUUUCAGCUCCCUAUUUGUUUUAAUCGUUUAGACUACUGGUUCAGCAAACAAUUGUUUGGGAUACCCUCUUGAAACAAUUCAAGUUAAAGCUGCUGCUUGAAUUGGGUGCUUUGAUAUUAAGGUUUGAGCGAAUAUGGAUCAGUUCUGUUACUGGGUUUAAAUGUGGUCAUCUCUUAAAUACAUAGUCUUAACUUGAGAAAGAUACAUAUUUUGGUGGACAAUGAUGUACCUCAAGAACAUGUAUCCCCUCUUCUGUAGAAGAAGAUUGUUACAGGUUGCUUCUUUUGGCUUUAAUACUCUCCAAGUGAACAGAGCAACCAUAUCUAAAUGUUUGGACACUGACGAAACUUUAGCCAUCAAGCUUGGUUCAAUCUUGCAAACUUGUCCGCACAAAUCUGCACUUUGGAAAGUUAAACAAGUUCAUGCACAUCUCAUUGUUAAUGGGCCUUACAACACCGAAUGUCUGCUCGGUUCCAAGGUAUUAGGUGUUUAUUUUCUUUGCGGUAGUUUUACAGAUGCCAAAAACUUGUUUUAUCGGCUCAACCUGUUUUAUGCAUCGCCUUGGAAUUGGAUGAUCAGAGGGUACGCCACAGCAGGAUUGUUUGAUAUUGCUCUCGCUUUUUUCUUUAAGAUGUUGGCGUAUGGAACUUAUCCAGAUAAAUACACUUUCCCCUAUGUAAUUAAGGCUACUGGUUGUAUGAAUUCAUUGAAGUCGGGAAAAUGGGUUCAUGAGAUGGUUAGCUCGAUGGGUUUUGAGUCUGAUGUGUAUGUAGGAAGUUGUUUGAUGAAGUUUUAUCUGGAAAUGGAUUGCGUAGAUGCAGCACGCCAUCUGUUUGAUAAAAUGCCUGAGAGAGAUAUUGUACUAUGGAAUGUGAUGCUUAAUGGGUAUUUGAGAAGUGGGAGCUCCAAUAAAGUCGCUAAAUUAUUCACGGAGAUGAGAAACACCGAAAUGGAGCCUGAUUCCGUGACCUAUUCCUGCGUUCUCUCUGUUUGUGUGUCGGAAUCAAUGCCAAUAUUUGGUACUCAGAUCCAUUCUCAACUUGUUAAAUCAGGCUUGGAGUUGGAUCCUCAAGUGAACAAUACUUUGCUUGCAAUGUAUUCAAAGUGUGGAUGCUUAUUCGAUGCACAUAAAUUAUGGGACAAAAUGCCAAAAACUAAUGUGGUGGCUUGGAAUGCAAUGAUUGGAGGAUAUGUACAGCAUGGACUAAUGGAUGAGGCCAUGGAUAUAUUUAGGAAGAUGAUAUCAACUGGUAUCAAACCAGACAAGAUUACAUUUGCAAGUUUCCUUCCUUCAAUCUCCGAGAAAACAAAUCUAAGUUUUGCCAAGCAAAUUCAUGGGCAUAUUUUAAGGCAUGGUGUGACUAUGGAUGUGUUUCUGAUAAGUUCACUCAUUGAUGUAUACUUAAAGUGCAGGGAUGCUAAGAUGGCACGGCAUGUUUUCAAUAGCAGUUCCUCAAUUGAUGUAGUUAUCUGCACGGCCAUGAUUUCAGGAUAUAUAUUAAAUGGGAUGAAUGUGGAUGCUUUAGAUGUGUUCCGUUUGUUAAUUAAGGAGAAAAUGAGACCUAAUGCUGUCACCUUAGCCAGUAUUUUACCUGCUUGUGCAGCUUUGUCUGCCAUAAAACUUGGUAAGGAACUGCAUUCGUAUACAGUUAAGAGCGGGCUUGACAAAAGAUGUUAUGUCGGAAGUUCUAUAACCGACAUGUAUUCAAAAUGUGGACAGUUGGAACUUGCGCACAAUUUCUUCAUUAGAAUGUCGGAAAAGGAUGCUAUUUGUUGGAACACCAUGAUCACAAGCUGCUCACAGAAUGGAAAACCUGAAGAUGCCAUUAAUCUUUUUCGACAGAUGGGUUUUGAAGGAGCCGAGUACGAUUCUGUCAGCAUAUCGGCUGCUUUAUCUGCUUGUGCGAACUUACCAUCUCUUCAACAUGGUAAAGAGAUUCAUUGCUCCAUGAUCAAAGGUAUAUCAAGAUCAGAUCUUUUUGCCGAAAGCGCACUAAUUGAUAUGUAUGCCAAAUGUGGACACUUGCGUAAUGCUCGAUCCAUUUUCGACUUGAUGAGGUUUAAAAAUGAAAUCUCAUGGAAUAGCAUCAUUGCUGCUUAUGGAAACCAUGGAUGUCUUAACGAUUCUCUUAUUUUGCUUCAUGAAAUGAUGGAGGAAGGCUUUAAACCUGACCAUGUUACUUUUCUUUCUUUAUUGUCUGCUUGUGGUCAUGCUGGGAAGGUAGAUAAAGGGAAACAUAUUUUUCAGAUCAUGACAAAGGAGCAUGGAAUUGAAGCUCGCAUGGAACACUACGCAUGUCUGGUUGACUUGUUAGGAAGGUCUGGACGCUUAAACGAAGCAUGUGAGUCUAUUAAGGAGAUGCUAAUUGAGCCAGAUGCAGGUAUAUGGGGAACUCUACUAGGAGCAUGUAGACUACAUGGGAAUUUGGAGCUCGCAGAAAUGGCCUCAGAUUAUCUUUUCAAAUUGGACCCAAAAAAUUCUGGGUACUAUGUCUUGCUAUCAAAUCUACAAGCUGAUGCUGGAAGAUGGGAUAAUGUAAAUCAAAUACGAGGUCUGAUGGAAGAAAGAGGAGUGCAGAAGGUGCCUGGCUAUAGUUGGAUUGAGUUGAAAGGGAAAACCCAUAUGUUCUCUGCCGCUGAUACUAGCCAUCCUUACUCUCAUGGAAUCUAUCUUUUGUUGAAAAACCUUCUUCUAGAGCUCAAGGAAGAGGGAUAUGUUCCUCAGCCUUACUUCCCAAUUCAACCUGGAAUGAAUGGGAUUCACUCUCCACUAGAUAGCUAUUACUUUUGAAGUAUCUGUGGCAAUUUUAUGAUGGGAUUCUGAAAUAUUUAGGCAGAGAAUGAGAAUCAGGGAAGUUGUAUGAAAUAUUAAAACCUCACUUUUUGGUUAAUUUGUUUUGAGAGAAAAUGAAGUGUCUUCUAAUGCCGAUUGUAUUUUUGUUUGCUUAAAAAGAUUACACUUAAAAUUCAUCUGGAAUCUGCAUAAUAUGUUAUCUU